AUGUCAGACCAGGACGAAGGUUUGUCUGUCAGGGACGCCUACGAUACUCCUGUCCCAGAAUUAGACGAUCACCGCCACCAGAGCUCAUCCGUUCAGAGACCCGACCGUCCUCGACGUGGCACUGUUGAUACCUUAUAUGGUUCUCGCCACCUGGAACUACCAUACUCUUCGUCUGAUAUUCGUGUCCGCGACUUCGAGGAAGCUGUGAUUGAUGAAGACCAGGACGCCCCAUCCCUAAUUGCUCCACGGAGCCGUCGUCCCACGGUUGAGUCCAAUGAACGUGCGGUAUCACCCCCGAAUUCCGUCAAGGCUUUUGCUGAGGCCCGACGCCGCGAACGAACAUACUCGGUGUCUGCGGAAGCACGAGAGCGUGAUGAAGAGGAGAGGCUUCACCGGACAUUCUCGAGCAACAGCCGACAAAGCCAGCGUAGUCACCGGUCUACUCGCACAACCCGCAGCAAGGUUGGGACGAUCGACAAUGAUAGGGCCAGCUUAGCCACGAACAAGUCUGCGGAGGAGGAUGUUUGCUUUCCAGUGCCUGAAGAGCAUCGGCGCGACAAGCUAUAUAUCGACUUUGACUUUCUUGAGACGUUCAUUGCUGCGGAAAACGCAGUGAAGAGAGAGAGCUUGGAGGUUCAAGAGGCCGUCCGGGUAUUUCCCAACCUGCAACCCGAUUCCGCUUCAGCGAGUACGCCGCCCAUGGUCACACUCGAUGGCGAUAUUUUGCACCCACCACCUGGAACCGCCACCAGCGAUGAGAAGGUCGAAAAUUCUGAAAAUCCUGAAAAGGCGCCAGACGCCUUCAAGGCCGAUGCUUCUAAGGAGCAGACUGAUCCGAACAGGUUCAGCUUCUUCUCCUCAACUUGGGAGUCUACCAUUCAUGCUACUGACUUCAGCGAUCUUGUUCUCCCAGGAGAAGACGUCCGGGGUCUUUUUCAAUUCCCCCAUGGCGAACAGGAUGGAGUAUGGUGGUUAAAUGUGAACCAACCAGCUGAAGAUGAAGUUCGUACGCUUUGCAGGGCUUUUGGCAUACAUCCCCUCACGGUGGAAGACAUCAACACCCAGGAAACGCGCGAGAAGAUUGAGCUCUUCCCAUCAUACUACUUUGCCUGUUUCCGGUCUUUCAAUGUCGUGCAGGAGGAAGACGGCCCCGACUACGAACCAUACAACAUCUACGUGGUCGUAUUCCGUGAAGGUACAUUAAGCUUCAGCUUCCAACCGAACAGCCAUGCGUCGGCAGUUCGGAAGAGAAUCUCGAUGCUCAAGGACUAUGUCUCGCUGAGCAGUGACUGGAUCUGCUACGCGUUAAUUGAUAAUAUCGUCGAUACUUUUGCGCCCGCAAUUUCGAGAAUCGAGCUUAUCACGGAAGGAAUUGAGGAUUCAGUCUUUGUCGCGCGUCCUGACGACAUGCACUCGUUCCUGCGACGGAUUGGAGCUGUGCGCAAGAACACUCUUGGUCUCAUGCGCCUCCUGGGCGGCAAAGCGGACGUCCUCAGGGGCUUUACGAAGCGCUGCAACGAGAAUUACAAGGUCACCCCCCGGAUGGACAUUGGAAUGUACUUGGGUGAUAUCCAGGAUCACGUCGUCACAAUGAUGACCAACCUGACGCACUUUGAAAAAAUUCUUUCCCGAGCCCACAGCAACUAUCUCGCCCAGUUGACGAUUGACAGCAUUUCUCAAGGGACGAAGACGAAUGAGGGACUGAGCAAGAUCACGUUUUUGGCUUCAGUCAUUGUGCCUCUCAAUGUGGUUACUGGUCUGUUUGGUAUGAAUGUUCACGUACCAUGGCAAGAUACGGAAAACUUGCACGCUUUCGCUGGCAUCCUUUCUUUCCUGGUUAUAUUCUGCUUGGUAGCGCUGUUUGUUGCUCGGAAAACCAGGUACAUAUGA